AAUGCCGAUCCAGCAGCCUCGGUAGAGCGGGAGGAGGAAGAAGAGAAGGAGGAGGAGGAAGGAGCCGUCGUUGUGUGUAAGGAGGGAAUAGUGUCAGUGGGAUGGUCCGGAAAUCCCGUGAUAAAAAGAGGGAGUAGUGAAAGUAAAGGCACUGUGGGCUCGUUCGUUCUCCGCUACUGGCUCACCGUCGCGCCCGAACCCUAUUGGAAGGAGAGAACUUCUUACGUCCGCUCCUAUAUCCUUCAAACAGAGGCUUUCGCUCCUGAGGCACACAUGGAAUCGGCUACAGAGGGUGCUUGAUCUGCUGAGAAAAGAAGAAAAGCAGCUUUUUUUGCCUUCGCUGCCACUUAAAGGAACGCAGAACUGCGGGAGCGCAGCCACCGAGAAAGCUGCAGGCUGAACCUCAGGAAUUUGUCUCCACCUGACUUGCAUGUGAGAACCGCUCUGGUGGGAAGGAAUCUAAAGCCAUCAUCAUGGAAUUUGUAAUGAAACAAGCUUUAGGAGGGGCUACCAAAGACAUGGGAAAGAUGUUGGGAGGAGAGGAGGAGAAAGAUCCCGAUGCUGCCAAGAAAGAAGAAGAACGACAGGAAGCACUCCGACAGCAGGAAGAAGAAAGAAAAGCGAAAUAUGCCAAGAUGGAGGCUGAACGGGAGGUUGUGAGGCAAGGGAUUCGGGACAAGUAUGGCAUUAAGAAGAAGGAGGAAAGAGAAGCAGAGGCCCAAGCCGCUCUGGAAGCAAAUGCAGAAGGCAGCCUGACGCGUCCCAAGAAGGCCAUCCCGCCGGGCUGUGGGGACGAGGAUGAGGAGGAAGAGGAAAGCAUCCUAGAUACCGUUAUUAAAUAUCUGCCGGGUCCGCUUCAGGAUAUGUUUAAGAAGUAAACUGCGACAGACUGCCAGCCUGUCCAUGGACAGUAAAGCAAUGGAUUUCUCAUUGACCAAUGGGGAAUUUAGACUUACCACCACCUUUCACGCCCCUUCCCUUCCCAUGCUCUGCUCCAAUCCCAGCCAUUCCCUUGAGCCCCGCCCUCCCUUCCAUUCCUGAUUUUGUACAUCCUCACUUCUAGACGAUGCCUCCAAAGGGAUGGAAAAGAUUAAUGAGCUGCAGUCUACACAACUUUUUAUUCCUCUUAUUAUUAUUCUAAAGCCAUAGUUUUACAUGUGUUUUUAAAUGAAAGGACAGGUGUUUUCUUAUACAGAGAAAGGGAGAGGGGCAUAUUUGGUUUGCCUCUUCCAGAAAGAAGGAAGCUUCAGCCAAAGCGAGCUACAGGUAGCUUCUCCCUGCCCAGGAAAAGUCUAAGAAGGAAUUAGGCUGUCCCCAACAUCACAGCAUAGGAGAGAGAAAUAGCAGAGUGAAGGUAGUCGUUUUUUACUCUUGACAGUCUCUGAAGAAAAAAAACCCAUCCUUGUUUCAGUACAAGUAGUCCUUGUUUAGUGACUGCCUUGUUUGGAGACCGUUCACAUUUAUGACGGUGACAGAAAGGUAGCUUUGUGAUCAAUCCUCACAUUUAUGGCCUUUGCAAGUUUGUAAAGCAAAAAAAAAAAAAAAAAAGCUGAAGGAAGAUUGUAAGCACAGUUGCGGGUUCAUGUAACGACCGCUUUGCUUAACAACAGAAUUGUCGGUCCCUAUUGCAGUUGCUAACGAGGACUAGCUGUAAUUUGUAUGAUACCUAUGAAAACAUUUGACUGUGUAUGUUCCUUUCCCUUUCUUUUCUUCUUUUCUUCUCCUCCCACCUCGUGAUUUUGUUUGCCCUCAUCACAUACCGGUACCUUAAAACAUAUCCUUUUUUGUUGUUGUUAUUUUACUCUGUCUCUUACACACAAUCCACAUAUUAUGUUUUGAUUCCUGAUUGUCUGGGAUCAUUCAUGUGAUUUCUCAGUGAUGCAUUAUCCUCAGUCUCCAUUUAAUUUUUUACCCCCUCCUAUUGUCACUGGGUGGUGGGGGGGGCAAAACUAUUGAUCAUUGUCCCAGUUAAUAUAUCUUUUCUAAUCACUUUAUGAGGUUAAGCUCAGAAAACUGAAGUAGAAGCCAGAACCAGAUGGGAAGGGAAAGAGAAAGAUAGAGCAGCAGAACAUCUGGCAAGGGGGUGGUUGUAACUUCAACAAGAAAAAUGGAAUGUUCUCCAAAAUACAACUCCAAGAGAAAUAUUCAUCUCCAUCAAAUAACUUUUUUAAUCACAACAUGGGUGACUAUUCAGCUCUGUCUUUAUCUUCUGAGAGAAAGUAGUCGCUUAUACAUUAGUAGUAAAGUAUACACAUUUUAUGGAAGAGAGUAGUCAGAAAUAUGUUUUACUCCAAGUACAUAUGGGAUAGAGAGGCCCACCUGUACUUUUUCAAUAAGGAUCAAAGCUCUCAAAAAUCAUUUUGGCAACUCACUUUUACUGUGAGAAUAGCCACAAUGAAGAGUUAAUACAAACGAAUGCAUUUUAAAAGCUGUUUUCACAUCCUAUAGCUUGUUUUCCCCUUCUAGCAUAAUCCUAGGGGGACCAUGAAGAGCCAGGUUCAGCUCUGAAAGUCAGCAACAUCCCCAGGAAGGGAUCCAACCAGUCAGUGUGAGGAAAGUAACAGUGUGUUGACCCCACUUCAAGCCCUGUACCUGCUCUUGGGUUGUGACAUCAGACAGACAUCUAGCGGGAGGCCCCUUUUGUGAUUUUGAUGAAAAUGGGAGUUGUGGCCAUCCCAUGCUAAAAGGACUGUUACAUAAUCCCAGGGGGAGGGGGGAUUUGGUUUAAGAUGUCAUAGACAGGUAGUGUGUCUGAGCUUCUGCAGGUUCCAAAUAUAUUUUGAUAUCAAAUACAAAACACCACAAAGCUAGGGUUACCAGAUAUCUGAACAGAUGGAAGGGGGACACUAACAAGUGGAAAGGAGGACAAAUGAGAGGAAAGGAGGACAGACAGUGAUAAACUGCAAAAAAAAAAAAAAAGGACUUUCCCUUAUGUGUAUAUAAAAUCACCUUUCUCAGCAUCAGAAAUACCCUUUCUUCCAAUCACAGACAUGGGCUACAGCCCAUUAGGAUGCAAAGAUAUUCAGCAAGUAACUGAUGAAAAUCUUGUCAAUUUCAGGCAGCAGCACAAGCCCAGGAGGCACUUAAUUAACUAAGGUUAUAAAACUGUGCUGGUUAACUUGUUAGAACUUAUUAGAGAAACUGUUCUUGGAAGAACUGAACUGGCCAUCUAAUGAGAAGAGAGGACUCGUUGGAAAGGUCCCAGAUGUUGAGAAAGAUAAGGUGACAGCAGAGGAUGAGAUGGUUAGAUAGUGUCAUUGAUGCCGUGAAUAUGAAUUUGAGGAAACUCCAGGAGACAUUGGAGGACAGAGGGCUUGGCGUGCUAUGGUCCAUGGGGGGUCACAAAAAGUCAGAUACAACUUAACAACUGGAAAACAAUUAAAAAGCUGCAGAGAAAGCCUAUUAGAUGCUCAAAAAGCCUGAUAAUAUUUGAUUUUAAGACUAUGCCUGCUGGAUGGAGGACAUUGAAAUAGACAAAAAGGAGAUCAUGUUGUUCUUUUGUUGGACAGCUGGUAACUCUAUGUUAACUCUUUAGUUAACAGGCAGAUAGAGUUACCCUGUUAAAUUUCUUUCUCUCUCUCUUUUUUACAACAGUCGAUAGGGUGUUAGCUACUAAAGUGAGUUAUGAGAGGCAUAGUUUCUUAGAGGUGUUAAAAGCUUCUUCACUAAAGUUUGAACUAAUCCUAAAAAAAAAAAAAUUCAAAGUCCUUUAACAAUUUAAAGCCUGAGAUCAAUUUGUAGGCCAAUAUUCCAUGUCACUGGUCACACAGAAGCCAUCAUAUUCCAGAUAAAUACUUAUUAUUAGUUAUACUAUUAUUGUACAUGUACAACACAUAAAUUUCCAUCCAAAGAGAAUAAAAGGAACUAAAUGACAAUGGUUCAUACUGAUUCAGAGUCCAAUUUGCAUUGGCUUAUGUCAGUUAUCUUUUACGUACUUAGGCUGCCCAUCAUAAUAAAAAUCCUUGUUUUAUGUCUGAUAGCCACUUACUGAAACUAAGCAGACUAAAGCCUGGCUCAAAAUCAGGGAAUGGCUAUAGUUUAGUAGCUCAGCAAUAUUAUAUGUAUUUUUAUUUUAUUUUAUUUUUUACAAUCCCAAAUUCAGUUCCUGACCUUUUAAUUAAGAGUAUAUGUCUAUACUUUUUAGUGCUAUCUCGUGAUCAUCUGGAUGUUUGUAGCCCAGAUUUGGCAAAACUGCAAAAGAUUGCUUCUGUUCUCUAGUGUCUUGGCAUCAAGUCAAAGUCAUCAAUCUUGCCCAUGAUCAGAACUGGAACUACCAAUAUUAGCUCUUUGAAGUUGACCUGAUCAGGAAACGAGUCUAGAGUUUGAGUAGAACAUUGUCAACUGAAAUAGACUCUUGUUUCUCAAGCUCAGCAAGUUUAAGAUGUGUGGACUUCAAAUUCUGGAAUUCUCCAGCAGCAUGAUAGCUGGAGAAUUCUGGGAAUUGAAGUCCAUAUAUCUUAAAGAGGCUGAGGUUGAGAAUUACUUAGUUAUCAUAACAGUGUCUUACAAUCCUGACUAUGUCUUUUUUUCCUUUCUUCUCGCUUAUAUCCCAGGAAUCAGGAAGGAUUCAGCCUGAUCCUUUCUCUGUUUUUGCACUGGUUGUUGUAAUCAUCUCUGAAUAGUUUUCUCAAGGUUUUCUUGGUGUGUCCUUAUACCUAGCCUACACCCAGUGGGAAAAGACAGUUGUGUUCACUUUAGAAUGGGAAUCAGAGCAGGGCCCCACGAUCGGCAGCAUCAUGUGAUAGUGUCAUUUUUUGUAUGACUACAGCCUAUAUAGGGAAGACAGAUGUGGGAAUGACUAUAAUGUAGAAGAAAUGUAUUUUUAUAUUUAGAAGGAAAAAAACCCCUUUCCAUAUAUGUUUCUUUUUAACCCCCCAAAAAAAGCAAAAAAAAAAAAAAAGCCAAUAUGUCUGGGAAUCUCUUGAUGUCCCAAAGUGAAAUAUUUUGUUUGGGGGAGCAUUCAAAUAAUUUCUGUUAGCCAAAGUAACAUUACGAGGACCCAAUUUGUUGGGGACAAUAUGCUGUCUCUGUAAACCGCUUAGAGAGGGCUAUAAAGCACUGUGAAGCAGUGAAGUCUAAGUGCUAUUGCUACAUUGCAUAAUGGGCUACGUAUGGCAAUAAACUUCGUGAAUAAUACAGCUUAUUAAUGGGUUUUAAAGAAAGCGUGAAUGCUCAAAACAUCUUUUUAGUCUUCCUGAUCUUUAUAAUAAAGUUUAGUGGGAAAUCAUCCCAGCAAGUUUUGUCAGGAAAUAAUGUGCUUAAGUGGUGAGUGGUGCAGCCAUAUUGAAACUUUUUAUUUUAAAUUAUAAAGAUGUUCAUUAUUGAGAUUACAAGGUUGAGCACAGCAUUUCUAAAUGGGGAAGGGAAAGAGAUCAUUGUGGUGUUUUCUUUUAAUGUGCAAUCUUGGCAACCCCUCUUGUGAAAAGAGAAGUCAGUUUCCAAGACAGGAAUCAUUUGAGCAGAAUUCCCCUGACAGGUUUUUCCAAAUCCUUCAUAUGUGUUGACAUUAGGGUUGACAAUAGUGGAAUUUUGAACUAAGAAUUAGCUGUAGUCACAUCUAGUUAUAAUUCUAUAACAUUGGGAUUGUACCCAGUUAGGCAAAGAAAAAUGAAGGUUUUAAACAUUGUUUGUGUUCUGUUCAAAAUCUGACUUUGAGCACAUGAUUCAUUUUUUAUUUCUUGUUAAUUAUUUGAUUUCCAUUUCUAACAACAACAGUAUUUCCCUCAUGUGCCAGUGACUUGGUUGGGGAAAUAAAUUUUCCAUUUAGGUAUUUCCUCAGUCACUUAUCAUAAGAGUUUUCUUACUUUUUUGGGCUGUGUUGCUUAAACAAAAUCUAACUUUAAAAACUGUUAAACUAUUAGUUUUUUGUUUUUGUUUUUUAAAUCUAGAAAUCCUGAUCAGGAAACAAAGCUCUGGUGAUGGAAAAUUGGUUGCAUUCAAUUUUUUAAAAUUUUAUUUUGCAUUUAGCCUUAGAAACUGUUACAUUCUCAUAGAACUCCAGUUUGAAAAACCCUGACUUAUAACAUUUUCCAUUACAAGUUUUAAAAGGUAGUUUAUAGAAACCAUAACAAGAAACAUUUUUUUUAAAAAAAGUGCAGUGUUAUUGACAGGAACACAAGUAUAUACAAUAUAGCUAUCAUGAUAGAAAACAACAUUCUAGGCCUAUGAAUCCUAAGGUCAAGAAUGACACAUUCCUUACCAGCUUUUCAAAGCCAUUGGAACCCACGUAAUAUUUAUUCCUACAGAAUACUUCUUCAAAGGGUCAUUUGAAACAAUCCAACCCUUUGGUCCCAACAUCUUCAUUCCAUCAGACAGAAAGGCUCAAUAGAUGCCUUCAUGACAAUAAGGUGAUCUUCCCAAAAUCAUGCAGGCAUCUUUUAAUUUCAAUAGAUUCUUAAUAUACUCAGAUGGGGGAUUAUCAAGUGACAGAUGCAUUCCUUCAUACUUCUCAGUUUAGCCAGCAACUUCCAAAUUCAGCAUCUUUUCCUAUUUUUCCAGGCUGACCUAACUUUAUUUCCUCCUUCUUCCUUCUCGGAUUUAGUUGAAGGCUCAGGCUGCUGAAGUUCUAUCUUUAGUAUGAAUGCAAGAAAGCAUCUUUUCAUGCGCUAUUUUAAUUGAUCUGAGCUCCCCACAUGAAUCUUAGAAAAUGAAAUUUUGCAAAGAUGAAAAAAAGAAUUUUUGAUUAGUCUCUGGUUGUCGUCUUCUUACCCAGAACUAUAGUUCUCAAGGAAUUACAUUUAAAUCCAUUUAAAUUUCUAAGUGAGCAUGUGCCCCCCCUUUUUUUAAAUAAAUGUAUCCAGGCAUUCAGAAAGCCUGGAUUAGACAUUGAUGUCUAAUCUAACCCUAUCCCUUUCCUUUUCACACACACACACAUCCAACUUUGCCAUGUUGUUGAGGAUGAUCUAAAGCAGGGGUCUCCAACCUUGGCAACUUUUAAGACUUGUGGACUUCAACUCUCAGAAUUCCUCAGCCAGCUUUCCUUUGCUGGCUGAGGAAUUCUGGGAGUUGAAGUCCACAAGUCUUAAAGUUGCCAAGGUUGGAGACCCCCUGAUCUAAAGGAAAACUCAAGCCAUAUUCCUAUGACCAUAAUCAAAUCCACUCUAUGGUCAGCAGAUAUGCCCAGUCAGGGUUCUUGGCAGGCCACAUUCAGGGUGCAGGCCACAUUCAGCAAGAUCCAAUUCAGAUCUUCCCUGUCAUUAAGAUGAGAUCAGAGGUAGAGAAAGUAGGGCUGACUUGGGUCAGAUAUUCCUGCUUCACCUCCAUGCUUAGAAUUUUAAAUGCCUUGCCAAGGCUAAAGUUCAUAGCAAAUGAACCUCUGGUUGCUGUUUUUCAGUGCCUGGCCAUUCAGCACUAUCCAUGCAACUCUUGUAUUUUCUAAAUUAAAUAAAAAAAUGUAAAAGAACAAUUUAAACAUAGCAGCAAUCAGUGCAAUGGACAAAUCUGCCUUCAAAGAUGAUGAGUUCCGAUGAGCCAUCACACGAUUAUCCAAACAGUAUGCGAUUUGACUAGUUCAUGUAAUUUCAGGCAGCUGGGAACAUGGCUUUGUGUGCCAGAAAAAGUCACCAUCCUCUGUUUUAUCGGUGCACUGAUCAUGAGCCCAGGUCUUCUCCAGCUAUGCUUAUCUCUGUAUUUGAAAUUAGUCAGUCCUUGCCUGGUGUGAAAUGCAGCCGGUUUUGCCUCUUGCAAAAUCCAAUUUGUCUAAGGGUUGGUUUCAUCCUUCAUUAAAAUGAGAAGAAAUAUAUUAUUUCAUUGUAGGUUAAAAGAUCAUACCUGUGAUAGCCAGCUAUAAUUCUGUAUGUUAAGUCUUUUGAAUCUGAUUUGAGUUCAGUUUGGAGCUUCUGAAACAGAACAGCUUUUGUCCCUGCUAAAAUAAAGGGAAUAUUAGUUACAAUUCCAUCUUGAGUCCAAUAGGAUUUAAAGCCAUACGUUUUUCCUAUUUUUUUUAACAAAUAAAAACAUACAUGAUGGAUCACUGGGGGGAAAAAAUAUAAGACUGGAGGAAAAGCUAAUGUAUUUCUCUUAAAUCAGCUCUAUUAAAGUAAGCUUAGGGACAAACUAUGAUGAAAUUAUAUGAUGGGAUCCUUUCAGGAUUGUUCUACUUCAAGCAUUAAAUAGGUCUAGUCCAGGGAUGGGUUCUACUUACUUUUACUACCGGUUUGCAACGGAGCCGCGUGCGUGCUCUUCUGCGCAUGUGCAGAAGCAUUUUGGUGACGUAGGGGUCGGUGGGCGGGGCCUUCCGCCUGUUUUACUACCGGUUCUAUAGAACCGGUGCAAACCGGGGGCAACCCAUCACUGGUCUAGUCUCAAUGUUUUCCUAUAUUAACUUAUUCACCAUUGGGAUGUCAAAACUAAGGAAAUCAGAGGGGGGGGAUCAUUCUUCUGAUGUGCUAUUUUUUGGCAUUCAAGGCUUUUUUAAAAAAAUGUUUUUCAUUUUUUAAAAAUUUAUUUCUUACCCAUUCAAUCUGAACUGACAAAACAUACCCAGACUUUGGCAUAUCAUGUUGCUGAAUGUGUGGUUUAUACCUGAAAGCAAUGCCAGUUUUGAGGGGUUGUCUCCCUCAAUGUGCCAGUAGUUGUGUGAACACAAUUAUAAUGGGCAUUUUCCACCUUGAAAAGAAAGAUCAGCACAGUCCCUGGGUUCUCAGCUUUUAAAUUUGUAUAAAUUUUGGGACCACUUCCAGAAACUCUGACAUCUAGAACACAGCCAGUGAAUACACAUUAAGAAGACCAAAGAGAAGUGAGAUUCUUUCCUUAGAUUCUGCAUAUCUUUUUGUUCUUCCAGAAUACAUAACAUUUUUCAACAUUUAUUUGGGUUUUGAAAUUCCAUCAUGAUAAGUUCUAUCUCAGGUACAAAUGCUUUUCAUUGAUUACACAAGUUUGAACAGUUCCCUCAUUUCUGUGUUGUCUCCCCUACAUUUCUGUUUAAUUAAAUAUAAAUAAAGCAGUGUAUUAAUCCCUUUGGGGGUUUGGAGAAGCCAAGGGAUCAGUUAAGUUUGGCAGUGGAGCUUCAUGAAUUUGCAUCUAUCCUUAGAGAAAGCCAUAUAAAAUCAGACUGCAAUAUUAAAUCACAAUGCUAUUCUGUGUUUGAAACAAAGAAACAAACAGGAAGCAAAACCUUAGAUUGUGUGCUAUAUCACUUUGGGAAUUUCCAUCUCUGUUUCCAGGACAAUAUGUUAGCUUUGUUUCCAUCUGCCCUAACUUUCUACCAAGAAACAGCACUCCAGUGAUGUUUAAUGCGUUCUUUCAAACAGGCUCUUAGAACAUUAGAAUCAACCAUUAGGAAUCUGUUGUUGUGAUUUGAAUGUAAUGUCCUACUUAUAUCUGAUCCCGUUACCUCUGUAUAUGUUUGACUCCGUGUUAACCGCGAUUCUAUGUGCUCAGUCGGCAACAUCUUUCAGUCAAUGUCUUUUUAAACCAUGCUUGUUUUCACACUCCACUCACAUAAUAAACAGAGCAGAACAUGUAAUUAGGUGGGCAUUUUCUAAUAAGAGGGGGGAAAGCUCUCCUUUUCUUCUCCCCUCUCUCGAAUGCAUGCAGCACCUUCCAAAUCAACCAGAAGGUGACUUCAAGUAGAGACUUUGUGAAUGUAACUUUUGUUUGUAACUUGCCUGCUACCUUUUCCUGCAUGAUGUGGGUUCAAAUGGUACCAUGUUCUUUUCAAAUGGAGUCACAGCCAAUAAACAACAACAAACAAGCAAACAGUAAUAAUAAAAGUGAUUACAUACUCUU